ACACACUCGCUCAUAGAGGUUAUUUAUUGAUUUACAGAAUCAUGAUUCUUCUUUAUCUUUAUUACUACUUCCUCCUCUAUAUGCAAACAUACUGGCAUGAUGAAGCUCCGCCCAUCAACUGACUCACAUGAGACAAACCAGGAAACAGGCUGUUAUUCUGCCUCACUGAGACGACACAUACACACACACACACACUCACAGACUGAGAGACGGACAAUAAGAUUGACCUUCAGACCAAAACCACCACUUCCACUGAGAGAGGACAUCUACAGGAGGGAAUACUGGAACUAUUGGGAUACCACCACUUCAACCAGCGGCUGAAUCCACAAAGUGAACGAGACUUUUACAAGAACAAAGACUCAAAGUGAACAGGGAGUGGAUGAGCCGUCUGCCUGCUGUGUUUUCAGCUUCACUCGGAGACUAAAAUGGCGUCCAGAUUAGAGGACGAUCUCUGCUGUACUGUACAGGAGAGAGCUUCAGAGACUCAACACAAGAAGGAACUUCAGGAAACUCUGGAGCUCUUAAAGGAGAAGUUAAAGGUUUUUGAACAAGUUAAAGUGAAGUUUGAUCAAACAUCAGAACACCUGAAGGUCCAGGCCCGAGCCACAGAGACACAGAUUAAGGAGCAGUUUAAGAAGUUCCACCAGUUUCUAGAAGAGGAAGAGGAGGCCAGGAUGGCUGCACUGAGGGAGGAAGAGGAUAAGAAGAGUCAGAUGAUGAAGGAGAAGAUGGAUGCUGUGAGCAGAGCUCUUUUAGACGCAGUCAGAGCCACAGAGGACGAGGCUGCACUGGAGGAUCCACAGCUGCACUCAGGAGCUCUGAUAGACCAGGCCAAACACCUGGGCAACCUCGCCUACAACAUCUGGAACAAGAUGAAAGAUAUGGUCUCCUACACUCCUGUGAUUCUGGACCCAAACUCUGCUCAUCCAGAACUCAUCCUGUCUGAAGAUCUGACCAGUGUGAGACGAGGAGAGAAACAGCAGCUUCCUGAUAAUCCAGAGAGGUUUACUGAUAAAUACAUCUCUGUCGUGGGCUCCGAGGGCUUUAACUCAGGGACUCACAGCUGGGACGUCCAGGUUGGAAACAGCCCAGGCUGGUCACUGGGUGUGAUACCAGAGUCUGACCAGAAGAAAGGAACCAGACAUGGAUUAUGGGAAAUAUGGUUGGGGCCGGCGUCAGGUGACUACGGAAUAUACUCUCCAUCAGGUCCAUCCACUGUUCUCCCAGUGCAGAAGAAGCCCCAGAUGAUCAGAGUGAAUCUGGACUUGAACGAAGGAAAACUGUCGUUCUCUGAUCCUGAUACUGACACAAACAUAUACACCUUCACACACGCUUUCACUGAGAGGAUGUUUCCAUAUGUACUUAAUGAACAUGAACUCCCUCUGAAGGUUUUACCAGUGGAGGUCCCUGUGUAGCAAGAUGAUGAUGAGAAUGAGGAUGAGGAUGAGGAUGAUGACGAUGAUAAUAAUCCAUUAAUAGUCCCAAUAAUCAAUUGUUUUUAAAGACAAACUGAAUUUUCUUCUCUGAGGAUCAUGUGACUAUGUUGUUCUGAUGAUGUUGUCAUGGCGAUGGGGAUGACAUCUACAGUAUAACAACAAAUACUAAGAAAACAUUAUUAAUUUUUUUCUCAGAGUGUAAAAAUUAGAGCGGUCGAUUAAUUAAAAUAUUUAAUCACAAAUUAUUACAUUACAUACAUUUUUUUAUCCAUUCAAAAUGAAC